GUCACCUCUGUUCAGUAUGGCUGCCUUCGCGCUUCCCUUUUCUUUCCGAGUCGUCAGCCAUCAUGCCGCCUAAGAAGGACACGAAGGGGUCUUCUAAGCAACCCCAGAAGACCCAGAAAAAGAAAGAAGGAGGAUCCGGAGGCAAAGCUAAAAAGAAGAAGUGGUCCAAAGGAAAAGUUCGUGACAAGUUGAACAAUCAAGUACUUUUUGACAAGGGAACAUAUGAAAAACUAUUGAAGGAAGUACCACAGUACAAAUUGAUUACCCCUUCAAUUGUUAGUGAAAGAUUGAAGAUCCGUGGAUCUCUUGCAAGGAGAGCGCUUAUCGAGCUACAACAGAAGGGACUGAUCAAACAGGUUGUUCAGCAUCAUGCACAGCUCAUCUAUACCCGCACCACCAAGGGAGACGACCCAGCAGCAUAAAAUGCUGUAAAGCUUUUACCAUGUAUAAUUUGGUUUAAUAAUAAACAGUAAAAACCUCA